ACCCUCUGGAUAUGGGCAAGUGAAACCACACAGGAAGGGUCAAUUUGCUUACAGCCACCUGGCUUGGCUAAUUUACUCAAUUGCAUUUACUCCAAAAGUGGCUCUGAUACUUGCACUCCCAUACUAGACCAGAUUGAAGCUGGAGUUCCCCUUGGGUGCACUGGGUUUAGACUCACAGUUUCUCUCUCUGUACCAUUACUAUGGACACUAGUCCGUUCCCUCAGUGCUGAUCCUCGAGGCUGGCUGCACCAAAGAGCAACUGGAUACUUUGUGGCUUCCUGUCUGGACCUACUCGACAGCUAUGCCCUGUUGGAGCUCAUGUUGGAAGAAAAGCUGCCCUACUCCCCUUUUAUGCGUUAUCCCCUACUUGUGGUGUAUUUUGUGGCUUUAGUCUCUCCAGUGCUUUGGCUAUUUGAGCUGGACGCUGUAGCCCCACCAGGCUGCUGUCGUCUUUUCUUGCGUUUUCUUUUUGGUACUCUUGUUGACGCUCCUCUUCUUGCCCUACGGUGCUUUUUCAUGUUGGGUCCAGCUGGUCAACCUAUCUCAGUUUUCAUGCUAAAAAACAUCUUCUUCUUGGGCUGCCAUUGGCUAGAAGUGCUGGAGCUGUGCUGUCUUAUAAGAUCCCCAGGUCCUGAGCAUUCUGACCGGCCUCCUGGACAGUUCAGUCAUUGUGUGUCCGAAAAUGAUAUGGGACCUCAUGCCUAUGUCAACACACUGGCUGUUGCCUCACAGACCUGAGGAUCAUCACAGCUCCAUCUGUAGAAGACCAUGGUAUUCCAACAUGGGUCACAACCAGAUUUCAACCUGAAACUCACCCUAUAUUAGUGGUUGCUAAACCUUUUAAUUUCAAGCCCCACCCUUGAAGGUCAAACCUUUGGUCAGGCCCCUUGUAGUUCCAGCCAUUGAUCAGGGUAUUCCUUGAAAGUCCAAGGUUCACUCAGGGUCCCUCUUGAAAUUCCAGCAGGUCCAAACUUUGGUUACGGCCCCCAUUAAAGGUUCGGCCUUUUGUCAGGGUCACCCUUAGAUGGUCCAACUUUUAGUCAGGACUCCACUUGAAGAUCCAACUUUUGCUCAAGUUUAACAUUCAGUCAAGGUCUUCCUUGAAGGACCAACUUUUUUUUAGGGCCCCUCUUAAAGGACCGAUGUUCAGUCAGGG